UUUUUUUUUUUUUUUUUUUUUUUCCUUUUUAUGUUUCAUCCAGACUCUGAAGAAACGGAUUUUUUUUUACCUAAUCAAGAUAACGCGACAAAAGAACCUUGGUUUGUCUAUUGGAUUUAUUUUAUCUAUGGUCUUGUCAUGCUUUUGCCAUGGAACGUUUUUAUUACAGCUUCGGGUUAUUUCUCUAUCAGAUUUUCAGGAACGGAUUAUCAGCAAAGUUUUCCAAAUUAUUUCUCUGCUUUCUUUAACUGUUCAAACUUGGCAUGUUUGGCUAUAUUGCUAUGGCGUCAAUCCAAAAGGUGGGAUGUUUGGAUACCUAUUUGUGUAAAUGCAAUGAUUUUCUUAUUCUUUGUCAUCACGUCUGUUGUACCAACAUUUGCUUCUCCUAUUGUCUAUUUUUGGAUUACCUCCAGUCUUUUGAUUCUUACUGGGAUCACGACAAGUUUAUUGCAAAUAAGUGUGGUUGAACAGGCAAGCCAGUUAUUGCCGAAAUAUAUGCAAGCUGUCAUGAGUGGCCAAGGUAUUGCUGGUGUCUUUGUGUCUCUUCUUCUGGUUGCGACAGAUCAAAGCAGUUGGCACGAUUUUCUUUAUUUUUUAGUUGCCUUCUUAGUGGCUUGUAUGAGUCUUUUUGGCCGGAUCAUAAUGCCCACUCUACAACCGCCAUUAGAUGUAGUACCCAUGACUUCUUUGGAUUCACCUCGUACGGGAAACCCCACGAUCUUUCGAAGAUCGAAUGUUUAUAUUGGCACGAUUGUUUAUGUCUACUGGAUCACAUUAUCCUUAUUUCCAUCAGUCACUCUCUCUAUUUCACCCACACAUAUGGACAAGGCUCUAUUUACUUCAUUGCAUUUCUUGUUAUUCAAUAUAGGUGACUGGAUAGGAAGAACACUACCUAUUUGGCCCGUCUGUCAAAUCAUGUCCAGUCAAUCACAAUGGUGGUUGGCAUUUGCUCGCACUUUGUUUGUUCCUCUCUUUCUCAUCUUGCGCCACAACCAUGCGAGUGACUGGCUUUUCUUUGUUUGUUUGCUCUUGUUUUCGAUCAGUAAUGGAUGGCUUACAACCCUUGUGUUCAUGGCCGCACCAACAAAAGUGGAGAUGAGUUGCAGGCCUAUGGUGAGUCGAUACGUCAGUUUCUUUCUUGUGGUUGGUUUAGCUCUAGGUGGUCUCAGUAGUUUUGUUUAUUAACCCACAAUUUGGAAGUAAGAUGCAUGUGGACUCAGUCAAUGUGAACGGACUGGCCAUAAUAAAUUUCUUUGGACCGGGGCGCUCUCUGUGCGGCGAGCGCCCCUAAAACUUGAUGUGUUACUCGCUAAUCCUUUCCGAUGAGUUAGUUUUGAGUGUCAACCCAGGUUGAGAACGAAGAGAAUGUCUUAAUGCCCUAUUCAUUCACUUUGGUUUUUUAACUCAAGUGACUGAGGGCUGGUGAUUCUUACACACUUCCAUUUAUAAAACCAAUCAAAAAAAAAAAAAAAUGAAAAAAGCCGGUUGCUUUUUC